UCGAUUUACCUCCUUGUCCAAAACUUUAUUCACACUUCGUUAAGUGCGUGGCUUCAGUUUGUUCAUUUCACGUCGUUGCCGGUCCGGUCUGAAAGAUCGAAUCAAAUGCCCAUAUCGCAAAUCCAUCUCAAAGUGUUUUGCGUUGAUGUGGAGAAGAUGAUCCCGAUGCUGGUGUUUCUGAUUUUGAAGCCAGGGCUGAGUGCCAGAGUUUACCCUGACAGUGUGAGAGCAGGAGACACUGUGACUCUUGAAUGUAGAAAAUCCUGCCAACUUCCCAGCGUGGUUUGGUUCAAAGAUGGACGUCUAGUAGCCCAAACACAUUUCCAGGCUCAGGCAAAGCAUUCUGGGAAUUACUUAUGUGCUGUCGAAGGACAUGAGUCAGUGCUGUCGGACCCUGUUGCUCUAGAUGUUCAGUAUCCCCCGUUGAAUGUGUCUGUUGAGGUGAGCCGUCCUGGCAGCCUGACAGUGGACAGCAGUGUGAAUCUGACCUGCAGCAGUGCUGCUAACCCUGCAGCAGACAACUACACCUGGUACAGGGGCACUGUUUCCAGCUCCAGCUCCAGCUCCAUGUUCCAGGUGGGCUCAGGACAGGUGCUGUCUCUCCCGUCUGUGGCAUCCAACGCUGGACUGUACCUCUGCCAGGCCAGGAACCGACUGGGGGAAAGUAACUCAACUGAGGUGCUGGUGACAGUUGACAAAACAGACAUAAACCGUUUGAUCCUCCUUGUUGGUGUUGGAGUCAAAGUCGUUAUUGUGCUGUUGCUUACACUGGUUAUUGUCUGGGCUUGGAGACAGAGACGUAAGUCUGCUGUGGGAAAACAGGAGAACGACCGUGAUUAUGAAAACGUCACUGCCUAAAUGGGUAAAAAAAAAAGGCAGAAGGAAAAGUCUAUUCAAAUAGAGACAAGAGUGAUGACAUUUCAUCACACUGGAGACAUGACUGAGCACAAGAAUCCCUGUGAUUUGUCAACUGAGCUCAACAACAACAACAAAAAAAACUAUUUGUAGCAACAGCUCUCAUUCAUUCCUGACUCCCAUAUGUAUAAAAGCUCAGUCCUCUUGAGUCUCUGUAACACUGAUGACAGGUUAUGAACUGUAACAUAUUCAAGAAGACAUCACUGAUGUUUAUUUCAUCAAUGAAAUACCCACAACCUUACAAAUUGUACUAAGUUCUCCUGUUUUAUUGAAAAUAUAGACUUUCUUGUCAUGAUUGCAGUAUUAUUAGUCAUUAUUAGUAUUAUUAGUAAUUCUGCUGAGUGAAUAUGCUUUAUGUAUGUAUUCAUUAUGACAGUGGAGGGGGACCAUUCACUUUUCAUUCUUGUUUUAUCCUAUUGUUAUAUUUAUGCCCAUUUUGAACAGUGUGAUAGGUGCGGAACAUUUUUCAAUUAUGAAUGGUUCGCUACUGGUACAGUGGACUGUUCCAGGUUUACUGUGUGUCAAAGUUAUGGUCUAUGGGUCAAUCUAGGAAAUGCUUCCUCCUUGAGUUAAAAAAUACUCAUGCACAUUAUGUUCUGCUGAACUUGUAAAUGCUUUGUUACGUUCAGUCAACCAAUAUAUACGAAUUAUUUACAUUAUUGACCCCAUCCAUUGACUUUUUAAGGUUUAAUGUUUACAUUUUAUAAUAUUCAGUGUUUGUAAUUGCAACAGAAACAACAUACCACAGUAUUGCAUUUAUUGGGUCAACGAAUUUUAACGUUUUCUUUUGUUUCACGUUGUAAACUGUUCAACAUCCUGUAAAAACGUUUCAUACCUGCUGAAUUUAUGAAAACUAGCAUUUCAAACAUGGAAAAAUGCUGGCUGCUGUAUUAACUGUAUAUAUCAUGUUUUUGUAAGGCAUAUUGACAGUAUUUUAUGUCAGCAACAUGUUUUGCUAUGCAAUAAACUCUGUUGUUUCCAAGGCAA